CCCGUGACGGCUCGUUCGCUUUUGCCUUCGGGUCCCCAAACCUUUCGUCCUUAUUGAUGAGCUCCCCCAUUUGAUUCAUAUGGACCCCUUGUGGCUGUCUGCCCCUUUCUUUUCUUGACUCCCCUCUUCAAUCAAACUAUGCCUGGGACAGGUGCCAGUCAGUUGCCGUUGCUUGGGUUCUAUCGCAAUCGCUGAUUUGCCCCCUCGGACACGACCCUGCCCCUUACCUGGUUAUCUUAUUGAAGAACACGAGAUCCCGAGAUCACAGGCCUCUAUUCGAAUUCACAGCGAAUUGCUUCUUCUUCGUGGUGGUCCGUUUUGGAGCUUGUCGAGGCUUACCUGUGUGGUUUGGAUCCGUGCAUUAGCUGGCGUUGACUGGGGAUAGAUUUACGAACGUACUUUCAUCGCGACAUACAUCGCAUACACUUGCUCUGGUGGCAUACGGAAAUGGCAUCUUCGGAGGAAUCAACGCCAUCCACAAUGGCUGAAAACAAAGGCAGGAAUACAACACCGCAACAGCGCGUCCCUCGAUGGAGACGUUUCUAUGGUGGUAGGUCGGAUGAGGAUUGCGAUAACGAGGAAGAAACCUAUCGAGCGAGGUCGACUCUGGGGAUUUUGAGUGACAAACAGACAGACGAAGUACCUGGAACGAUCCUUCUGCUGUCUUCAAAUCGCAAUGAGCCUCUGGGAUUGAGGCACCAGCCCCGACGGACAUCAACCUCCUCCAUUCACUCCUCUGCUCCCCCUUCCCGAUCUUCCUCUCGGUCUGCCGCUCCCCAGAAGAAACGGACCGCAGACGGACAGAUUGUUCUCGAACCACAACCGGAUGACUCAGUGAAUGAUCCGCUUAACUGGCCUGUAUGGCAGCGAGACGCGGCAUUGUUCUCCUUGGGCUUUUACUGUCUGAUGGGAGGAGGAAUGACCACGAUCUUGGCGGCUGGUUUUGAUGAUGUCGCCAAAUCUUACGAUGUGACCAAGCAGAAAGUGGCUUACACGACCGGGUUGUACAUGAUGGGUCUUGGAAUUGGAUCUGUCAUCAUGUCCCCAACGGCCAUUCUGUUCGGCAAGCGCCCAGUUUAUCUGUUAGGUGCCGUGCUUUUCGUCAUUUCUUGCGUCUGGUGUGCCCUUUCGCCGAACUAUCCAAGCCUAGUCGUCGCUCGUAUCUUUCAGGGAAUUGCUGUGAGCCCGGUGGAGUGUCUUCCAUCCGCUACGAUUGCAGAGAUUUAUUUCCUGCAUGAGCGCGCAUACCGAGUCGGCGUCUACACACUCUUGCUACUCGGUGGAAAGAAUUUGGUUCCACUUGUCAGCGCUGCCGUGAUUGGCAGUUUGGGUUGGCGCUGGGUGUUUUGGAUUGUCUCGAUGAUUGUUGGUGCUUGUUUCUUCUUGUUAUUCUUCUUCGUCCCAGAGACUUUCUGGGAUCGUACCCCUCGGCCACGGAAGCAUCACCACCACAAACGCCCACAUAUGGGCAGAACCAUGUCUGACCUCGUCUCACAUGGGUUCCGUGGUCGUCGCCCGCAACAUGAGCUCCCCCACGAGUCUGCCGAGGCCAAGGUGGAAGCUGAAUCAGAUGUGUUGGCAACUCCCAGAAAGGAGAAGCAUGCGCAUUUCACAUUUGCGGACGAAGCAGGCAAUGAGAAACAGGUGCCUGAGAUUGCCGAAGGCAGCACCACACCUGGAAACGUCGUAGGUCCCGUCGUCGAUGACCAUAUCACUACAGAACCCUCUACCCCGGCCGUCGAGCGUAGCGAUGGUCUUCUCCAUCCACCUGAUCCGGCAGUCUUGACACCCCAAAGCCCAGGUGAAAUGGAGGCCGCAUGGAGAUCGGCCCCGUCGCCUUCGCGUAGCGAAUCCCACUCGCCGGGGAUGCAACUUCCUUCUACUCUGCAGUAUACCAACAGGCUUCGCGACCGCCCCAAGAUUCCUUAUUCGCAAUUGCUGGGGGUGUGGAAUGGUCGUAUUGCCCAUGAUAAAUGGAUCAAGGUUGCCUUGCGACCUUUUAUUCUCUUCGCUUACCCGGCAGUUCUCUGGUCAGCCGUCGUGUAUGCCUUGUCGGUUGGCUGGUUGAUUGUGCUUUCCGAGUCUGUCGCAGUGAUCUACGAAGGCCGCGAUUACUACGGCUUCACUGCACUCCAGACAGGUUUGAUCUAUAUCUCGCCGUUUGUUGGUGGCCUGCUGGGCACGGCUGUUGCUGGUAAGGUGUCGGAUAUUGUCGUGCGCUUUAUGACACGCCGCAAUGGUGGUAUCUACGAGCCCGAGUUCCGUCUGGUUAUGGCGAUUCCUAUUGCGCUGUCUACCACGAUUGGAUUGAUGGGCUUUGGCUGGAGUGCCCAGCUUAUGGAUGCAUGGAUCGUGCCUACGAUAUUUUUCGGUCUCAUCUCAUUUGGAUGUUGUCUUGGUAGUACCACCGCCAUCACAUUCUGUGUGGACAGCUACCGCCAAUAUGCCGGAGAGGCUCUUGUUACGCUGAACUUUAGUAAGAAUGUCCUCCACGGCCUUAUCUUCUCCCUCUUCAUUGUCAAUUGGCUCCAAUCCGAUGGUUCCCGGACUGUAUUCCUCGCCAUUGGUGGCAUUCAGCUAUUCUGUCUGUUGAUGACAAUUCCAAUGUACAUCUACGGCAAGCGAGCGCGCAUGUGGACUGUGCGCAAGCGGUUGAUGGAACGCUUUUGAUUUGAAUUGUUAUUUCUCGCGAUUUUGGAACGAACUACAUCUACAUAACGCAUAGUAUGAGACACGAUUUACAAUUUUUGACCAA